AUGGUUCGAGGCGGCACUAUCACUCUCAUCUACCGCAAAUUGCUCCUCCUACCAGCCAAUGAUGUCAAAGAUUCGUCUGCCAUUGCUCUCAUGGGUAAUGAUGUCGAGACUCUUUCAGAGAAAUUGCACUUCCUGCUUGUCGAGUCGUGGGCCAAUACGGUCACCGUGGCGAUCAGCAUCUGGAUGCUCUCGGACCAACUGGGAGCCGUCUGUGUCGCACCCGUCGUCUUGGCACUCGCAAACGGCGUGGAGAGUAUGACACAAGCUCUGACCUUUGGAGCUUACGCCAUUGCUGCCAAGGUCAGCGGGAAUCAGUCCUUCUCGGCCGCACAAGCUAUUGCCGCAUUGUCCAUCUUGAACGUUCUCAUAGAUCCCUUGCAAGAGCUUCUCAUGAGUGUACCGCAGGCAUUUUCAGCUAUAGGGUGCUUCAAAAGGGUGGAGGAUUUCCUGUCCCUUGAUGAGAGGACCGAUCGUCGGUUGCUCCAGUCCUCUCACACAGCGUCCACGCCGGACUCGAUCGACCCCGACGGAAUCAACCUCAAAAUUUUCGCCCGAGCGCCCAAUAAACGGACCCCAAUGGCCAUCGAAGCAGGCAGCUUCUACUGGGACCACAAGAAGGUUCUGUCCGACAUCAAUCUGAGUGUUCCAUCAGCUGCCUCAGGCUCGCUUACCAUAAUUACCGGCCCAGUCGGCUGCGGCAAGUCUACCCUCUUGAAGGGCAUUUUGGGAGAGACAAGUCAUAGGACGGGCAAUGUGAUUCUCUCGUCUCCGAAUGUCGCUUUCUGUGACCAGACGCCCUGGAUUACAAACGCUACGCUUCGCGACAACAUCAUUGGCGAGUCGAGAUUUCAGGAUGAGGGCCGGUGGUUCAAUGCAGUCGUGGACGCCUGUGAUCUACGAACUGAUUUCUCACGACUACCCGACGGCGAAAUUACCGUUGUUGGUGACAGUGGUGUGAAGCUCAGUGGAGGCCAGAAGCAGAGAAUCGCUAUAGCCCGAGCUGUAUAUGCUCGCAAGCCUGUUGCAAUUUUUGACGACGUCUUCAGUGGCCUGGACAAGAUCACGGAGAGGACAGUGUUUGAUCGAGUCUUCAGUCAAAGGGGCAUCCUGCGACGUACUGGAACACAGAUUCUCCUGGCGACACAUGCUGUUCACGUUCUACCGGAAGCCGAUGAGAUCAUAGUACUGGGAACAGAUGGCCGAAUCCUCGAGCACGGGCACUUUUCGAAGCUCCAAAAAAGCUCUCAGCAUAUAGCUUCAAUGCGAAUGGCGACAGAGGACGACGAGAACAUGGAGGAAACAGUUGAUGGGCAGGAAGCAGUCAGAGAUCCGGUCGGCGAGUUCGAAUCGCGGAAACGAGCGGUGCAAGAACAGGCACCGUCCAGCGACCGCAACACGUUCAAGUACUAUUUUGCCACCAUCGGACCGCUUAGCAUGGCAGUCGCUGUCUUUCUUACCGGAUCAACUGGUUUCUCCUCGACCUUCAGGGCCGUGUGGGUGACGUGGUGGGGAAACGGUCGAGGACAUGAACCUAAUGACUUGGCUUACUGGCUGACGAUAUACACAUGUCUGGCUGUGUUGGAAGCCACUCUCAUUACAUUGGCAAUAUGCCAUUUCGUCCUCUACAUUGGCCCUACCAGCGGGCGAGUAUUACACUCGAGAGUUCUCAAAGCAGUCAUGGAAGCUCCUAUGAACUUUCUUUCUAUCAUCGAGACUGGCUCGCUGGUAAAUCGGUUCAGUCAAGACAUGCGUUUCAUCGACAUUGCUCUGCCAGUCUCUCUUGUCAUCUUCCUGUUUCAAAGCGCCAGUAGUGUCGGCACUCUUGGCCUGGCAGUGGCUGCUGUACCCUGGAUCGCGAUCUCCGUCCCAUUCAUUGCGGCAACGCUCGUGAUAGUCCAGCGCUUCUAUGUCAGGACAUCGAAACAGCUACGACUUUUGGACAUUGAGCAGAAAGCUCCAUUAUACUCUCACUUUCUCGAGACAAUGAGUGGGCUCUCCACGAUUCGCGCCUUCGGGUGGGCUUCGCAGUACGCGGGCAAAACAGCAUUACUCCUGGACAGCGCUCAGAAGCCAUCGUAUCUCCUGAGCUGCAUUCAGAGAUGGCUCACCCUCGUACUGGAUCUAGUUGUGGCGGUUCUUAUCGUGAUGCUGGUUACCCUCGCCGUGUUGUUACGAAGCAAAGGUACCAUUGAUCCAUCACUUCUAGGCAUCGCGCUCGUCAACAUGAUGUACCUUGGUAUAAACCUAAAGAACAUUGUGCUCCAGUGGUCGACGCUGGAGACCUCUCUCGGCGCAGUGUCACGAGUCAAGGCCUUCUCGGAGACUACGCCUUCAGAACACUCACCAUUAGAGAUCGAUGAGGCGCUCAAUGGCUGGCCAGCUCGAGGCUCGGUACAAGUACAAGAUCUCACAAUUCAGUACGACGAGCUUGCGGGCCCAAUUCUACGGGACGUGUCAUUCUCCGUGAGCCAUGGCACAAAGCUUGGUCUCUGUGGUAGAAGCGGAAGCGGCAAAAGUUCGCUCAUCCAAGCCAUUCUUCGAAUGGUAGACAUCUCCGACGGUCGCAUUGUCCUCGACGGCAAAGACAUUACUAACGUGCCACGAAACGCAAUUCGACGGAGCGUAAACUGUCUAACCCAAGAGCCGUUUCUCUUCACAGAAACAAUACGAUUCAAUGCGGACCCUCUGGGAGUCCACACGGAUGAUGAGAUCGUCGAAGUAUUGAGCAGGGUAGGAUUGUGGACGGUCAUUCUGGGCAGCGCCAACGGAGCUGCUGCGCCCCUGAAUGAGAAAAUGACUGCAUCAUUCUUGUCCCAUGGCCAGAAGCAGCUCUUCUGCUUGGCCAGAGCUCUCUUGAGCCGAAGCUCUGUCCUCAUUCUUGACGAGCCCACGAGCAGCGUGGACAGCCAAACAGAUGCCAAAAUCCAGGAGAUUGUUAGGUCCGCCUUCAAGAAUUGUACGAUCAUCAUGAUCGCGCAUCGCUUGGAAAGUCUGCUCGACUUUGACUGGGUUCUGGUUCUGGACAAGGGCAGGCUGGUUGAGCAGGGGAAUCCGAUCGCGCUUCUGGCCGACAAGGAAACGAAGUUUGCUGCAUUGUAUAGAGCGGACAAGACGAGGAAACGAACCUGA